GGCGACGGGAGAGCAUGGCCACUUCCACCCUUCGCUUCCAGGAAGGACCUCGACCCAUUUCUAACUCCUCACGACAGGACUGGUCGAGCUGCCCAAACUAUGACCUCCUCGGUCGUCCCACGGGCCUCCUCCACCCAGGAUUGUCUCGUAAAGAGACAAGCUGAUGAGCAGGGUCAUCCACAGGGAAACGAGUUCUGUGCCCAUAUAUCCUGAGUUGACAGUCCCGGAUUAUGCAAGUAACAGGUCCCAGCCAUCAGAUGGACACAUGGUCCUGCCAACUUCAUCCCAUGAUACGGCAUAGGGACUUCUACAAGACAUCAAGACGAGACUCUAAGGCAUCAUCAUGGCCUUGAAAACAGAUAGCUCAGUUCUGCUUAGGUACCGACAUCUCCGAAUGAUCUUGUUGAUCGAAUUCAUGGCUCCUGUUGCUAACCAAUUAGUCUACUGACUUCUUGAUCUGACAUCCCAGAGACAUGAACUAUGCAGCCAAGAUAAUGGCAACAUGUACACUUUGCCUGCAUGUAGUGGUGGUCCUAGUGGUGAUGUACAGAAGGCACCGUUGUUCGUAUGGAUCUCUGUGUUCUGUUGCAGCCACAGCCUCCUCGUGUUCCCCGUACAGUUACCAUCGAUUGGCCCUCCUCGACAUUCACGACAAGAACGGACUCUACAUUUUCUGAAGGAUGGCUUGCGUGUUCUGCCUCAGCGGGUUCUUCCCGGGAAGCCCAAGGCUUCACCGCUCACGUCCCCGGGCUCCGAGAGCGGCGUCAGCGGACUCAGCCACGACGCCCGCGACACCGCUCCACUGUUGGACAACCUCGAAACGUCGCCCAUCUCUCCCCUGCAUGCACCCCUCUCUCCGCCCUCGAAUCCCACUGCCCUGCAAACAGCGAGUGAGUGCUCAGCGCCGGAGGGCACUGCAUCCCAUGAACCUUCUCAAGUGGCUGACUCAGAGUCAGAGUCGGCUGCAUCAGGUUACGAAACGGAUACAGAAGUGGAGGACGACAUAGACGCCGCAGUAGCCGAGUACCAGGAAAAGCUGCGUGUAGCAACGCUGGACACCGGCGCGCCCAGCACGCCGAACCCCGCUUCAGCUCGGCGGGCGUGCUUGAUACUUGCAGUUCUGCUAUUAAAUAUUAUUGUGGAAUCCUUUGUGGCAGUGUACGGGUGGCGAGGCGGCGGCACUCACCCGUUCCUGGUAGCGACCUUGGCCGUCUGCAUGUUGGUCACUCUCCUGCUGGUGGUCUUGCUCACUCGCCUGCCCGUCCUCCGUCCCAGCCAAACCGUCGCCUUCCGAGUGCCGGCCACGCCGUGGCUCCCCGCAGCAGCUCUUUCCCUGAACUUCUUCUUGCUGGUGCAAGUGCUGAGCCACUCCUGGGUGGUCCUUCUCGUGUAUUUAUUAGCAGGUAUCUCGUGGUACUUCCUAUACGGGAUGCGCCACAGCACCCUUGCCACACAGGAAGUCGUGACCCAAAGAGUUCGCGCAAACGAGUUCAUCUGCCUGGAGCCCCUCGCGCCCCCUGCCCUGACCUCCACCCUUCUGCAGGCGUCCUCCGAGAGGCUGCCCGACCCCGCCCACCAUCACAGUUUCACCAGGUUAACGCAAGUCGAUACAGUACUCAUCACCAGGUGAAGAUCGCUCUGGCAAUAGAGUCUAUGGAAACUGUCAGCCCUUUGUAAGCAAUAAAGGAAUAUUUUUUAAAGAGGAAAUCCUUCGUGAAAUGAACUGUCUUUAAAAUAAACCCUUUUCUUCCAUAACUCUGUUUAGUGUCAAGUGCCAUAAUUGUCUCUAUAAUAUAUUAUUAAAACUUUAAGAAGGGAAACAGACUGGCGAGAUACAUAUUUCCAGAUUGGGAAACGUUUACAGCAGUGUCUUUCCAUGUGAUGAGAAUCAAAAGAUAUUACUUGAUGCAAUUAAUUUAAGGCUAAGUUGUAGGCCUGCCCAAGCAAUAAGUAGAAUUAUCCACAAGGUGAAGGCAAUAAAGUAAAAUAAAAUUAUGGACGACGAACAA